CCCCCUAUCUGCUGUCUUGUGUUUUCCUCAUGGAGUAGCUCGGGCAGUAUCUUGUCCCGAAGGGAGACUUUUUCCUCCGAACGUGAACCUUCCAGGCUCUUGGCGCCUUCCCUUCGGGGCCUUGAGAGGCUCUCUCGGCAUUUUUAAAGGCGCGUUGCCCUGUGACCUGACGGCCGGGCCUUCUGACGCCUUAGACCAGUUGGUCCCUUGCCUCCAAAGUGGAAGACAGGCCGAGUUUUGUCCUGCUCGUCACACGUUUUGGGCAGAGGUCGCGGCCGGGUGGGCCCAGCGCCCGGCCCCUCCGGGAUCACUAUGUCCGUGUCCACCCAGCAGCUGGCGGAGGAGCUGCAGAUCUUCGGCCUAGACGGCGAUGACGCUCAGAUGGAGAAAUUGGUUCAGCUUUGUGUUCAAUAUGGACAGAAUGAGGAGGGAAUGGUAAGCGAGCUUAUUGCCUUCUGCACAAGGACAGGAAAAUCUUCCCUUACUUCAGAGAUCCUGCACUCUUUUGAGCAUGAGGUUCUGAGCAAAAAAUUGUCCAAGGCCUGGCACAGCACCUCCAAAGACUGUGGGCAUGCAGGAGCUAGAGAUAUUGUUUCUAUACAAGAGCUAAUUGAAGUGGAGGAAGAAGAGGAGACCCUUCUGAACUCUUAUACCACACCCUCUAAGGGUCCUCAGAAGCGAGCUAUUAGCACCCCAGAAACCCCCCUGACAAAAAGGAGUGUAGCUGCUCGUAGCCCACAUCAGCUUCUCUCACCAUCAAGUUUCUCUCCAAGAGCUACUCCUUCCCAGAAAUACAACUCCAGAAAUAAUCGUGGAGAAGUGGUGACCACAUUUGGCUUCGCAGAGGGGGUGUCUUGGUCUGGGAAAGGAGGGUCUGGACACAUCAGCCUGAAGGUCAUCGGCGAUCCUGAACCACUAACUGGGAGCUACAAAUCCAUGUUUCAGAAGCUCCCAGAUAUUCGAGAAGUUCUGACCUGUAAGAUAGAAGAGCUUGGCAGUGAACUCAAGGAGCAUUACAAGAUUGAGUCUUUCACUCCUCUUCUAGUCCCAGCACAGGAGCCUGUCAUCCUGCUGGGCCAGAUUGGCUGUGACAGCAAUGGGAAGCUGAACAGCAAGUCAGUGAUUCUUGAGGGAGACCGAGAACAUUCCUCAGGUGCUCAAAUUCCAGUGGAUUUGUCUGAGCUCAAGGAAUAUUCUCUCUUUCCUGGACAGGUUGUAAUUAUGGAAGGACUCAACACAACUGGUAGAAAGCUUAUUGCCACCAAAGUCUAUGAGGGUGUGCCACUUCCUUUUCAUCAGUCCACUGAAGAGGAAGAAGAUUUCGAGCAAACCAUGAUCUUAGUUGCCUGUGGGCCGUAUACCACAUCUGACAGCAUCACGUACGACCCCCUGCUUGACCUGAUCACCAUCAUCAACCAUGACCGGCCGGAUGUCUGCAUCCUGUUUGGUCCUUUCCUGGAUGCAAAGCAUGAACAGGUGGAGAACUGCCGACUGACAAGUCCAUUCGAAGAUGUUUUCAAGCAGUGCCUGCGAACAAUUAUUGAAGGGACAAGAAGCUCCGGCUCCCACCUUGUCUUUGUCCCAUCCCUGAGGGACGUGCACCAUGAGCCUGUGUAUCCACAGCCCCCUUUCAGCUACUCCGAGCUGUCUCGAGAGGACAAAAAGCGGGUGCAGUUUGUGUCGGAGCCCUGCAGCCUCUCCGUAAAUGGAGUGAUCUUUGGUUUGACAUCUACAGACCUGCUAUUCCACAUGGGAGUCGAGGAGAUCAACAGUUCUUCGGGGACUUCAGACAGAUUCAGCCGAAUACUGAGGCACAUCCUGACCCAGAGGAGCUACUACCCACUGUACCCACCCCACGAGGACAUGGCCAUAGACUAUGAGAACUUCUAUGCUUAUGCACAGUUACUGGUCACCCCUGAUGUCUUCAUAGUCCCGUCAGAGCUAAGGUACUUUGUAAAGGACAUCUUUGGCUGUGUCUGCAUGAAUCCAGGGCGACUCACCAAAGGUCAGGUGGGCGGCACCUUUGGCCGCCUCUACCUCAAGAGGCAGCCCAGGGCUGUGGGUGGCCAGGAGAGACGGAGCCUGAGUGUUGCUGCUCAGGUGGUCAGGAUUUGAGUCUUCACUGUGCCCACCCAGCUGUGCAGCUCUCCCAGCCACCAAGAGCCCAUGCAUAGCUUCGGUGAGUCCGAACUGUUGGGGACACACGGGAAAGGAGCUGCCAUCAGGGAGUGCUGAGGGAGGGGGACUGAUAUUGAAGGACACUGCGGCUAGGCCCGAGGCGGGGUCACACUUCUCUCCAGAAGGAAGCUCUUGCCGCAGAAGGGAUAUGACCUAUCCAGAACCAAACUGGCUAUGGAGGCUGCCUGUUCAGAAAAAGCAGGAAAACUUUUGUGAUUUUCUAUACGAAUCAUACACAACUUUUGGACAAGUAAAGAAAAAUUCUGAGUGUAA